AUAGAGAUCAGUUACUUGAAAGCUGCUGCAAGUGUUAGGAAGCUUCCUUUGCCCCUCCCUGCCUAUUGGAUUCUUACACUUCUACUAGGAUGUAUUUCAUACACGCGCGUUUCCGAAACGAAAUGGCUUCCAUUGGUGUUUUGUGUGUUCCUAUGAACACUAAUUAAUGUCAUUAUUUGCCGGUUCAGGACCCAGAAAACACCGGAUCUUUAGUUCUGCCGGGUUGAAGUUGCUUUUGUUGGGAUUUCGCACUAAACUUGGAAUGAUAAAAGAGGGGACGACAUGUCUCUCAGCAGAAAUAUCGAAUUCGAGCACUUUGAGGAGCGGGAGAAGCCGAGCCGGACACCGAAGACCAGCACCGGCUCCGGGUCUCAGUCUGCGUGCCGAGGCUCCGCUCUGGUCCCAAGCCCGGCACACAGCGCUCACUGCUGCUUCUACCGCACGCGCACGCUCCAGUCCUUAACGUCCGAGAAGAAGGCACGGAAAGUGCGCUUUUACCGCAACGGGGACAGAUACUUCAAAGGGUUAGUGUACGCCGUGUCGAGCGACCGGUUCCGGUCUCUGGAUGCGCUGCUCAUGGAGCUGACACGGUCCCUGUCGGACAACGUCAACCUGCCGCAGGGAGUCCGGACUUUGUACACGCUGGACGGGAGCAGGAAGGUGACCGGUCUGGACGAGUUAGUGGAGGGUGAGAGCUAUGUCUGCGCCUCCAACGAACCCUUUCGGCGUGUAGAUUACUCCAGGAAUGUAAACCCCAACUGGUCCUUGGGCAGCAAGUCCACCACAUCCCGUUCUCUGUCCUCACUCAUCCCGCUGAGGACUGAGCCAUUGCGGGAAUCAAAGGAUUUCAUCAAACCCAAGCUGGUCACAGUCAUCCGCAGUGGUGUGAAACCCCGCAAAGCAGUCCGGAUUCUGCUCAACAAGAAAACGGCUCACUCCCUCGAGCAGGUUCUCGCCGACAUCACCGAUGCCAUCAAGCUGGACUCUGGAGCUGUGAGAAGGCUGUACACGCUAGAAGGCAAGCAGAUUACCAGCUUGCAGGACUUCUUUGGUGAAGAUGAUGUGUUCAUAGCGUGUGGUCCAGAGAAGUAUCGCUAUGCACAGGACGACUUUGUGCUGGAUCACGGUGAAUGCAGGGUGCUAAAGUCAUCUUACAGCCGCUCUACUACGCCAAACCGAACUAAGAGUCCCAGACUCUCCCGACGCAGCAAAUCUCCAGCUUCUACAAGACAACCUCUCUACUCCUCAGCUAAUCGGUCUUCGUUAAAGUCUGUAAAUGGGAUCUCAGCUCCAAGAUCUACCAAAUCAUCCACUCCGUCUCCCACCAGCCCUCAAAGUAACCUGAGCCUAAAAAUUCCUCCGCUACAUCUUAUGUCCUUAACCAAUGAAAACGGCUCGCUCGGCAAUCACCAGGAGAAAACCAUUCAGCUCAGUCCAGAGGUCAAUGGAAACCAACAUGAGCUAUCCUCAGUUCUGUACCAAAAGUAUGAGGUUGGAAAAGUAAUUGGAGAUGGCAACUUUGCUGUGGUCAGAGAGUGUGUGGAGAGGUCCACAGGGAAAGAGUUUGCUCUGAAGAUCAUCGACAAAGCUCGAUGCAGGGGAAAGGAGCAUCUCAUAGAGAAUGAAGUUGCUGUUCUGAGGAAGGUGAAGCACCCCAACAUCGUCAUGCUGGUGGAGGAGAUGGUCACGCCCUCUGAGCUCUGCCUGGUUAUGGAGCUGGUAAAGGAUGGGGAUCUUUUUGAUGCCAUCACGUCUUCAGCCAAAUACACAGAGAGAGAUGCUAGCAUGAUGGUCUGCAAUCUGGCUGGAGCUCUGAAGUAUCUGCACAGUAUGAACAUCGUCCACAGAGACAUUAAACCAGAGAACCUGCUGGUGUAUGAGCAUCACGAUGGCACCAAGUCAUUGAAGCUGGGAGACUUUGGGCUGGCCACAGUGGUGGAGGGGCCGCUGUAUACUGUGUGUGGCACCCCCACGUAUGUGGCUCCAGAAAUCAUUGCUGAAACCGGGUACGGUCUGAAAGUAGAUAUCUGGGCAGCGGGGGUGAUCACUUACAUCCUUCUGUGUGGCUUCCCCCCGUUUAGGAGUGAGAACAACCAACAAGAGGAGCUGUUUGAUCAGAUCCUUCUCGGCCAACUUGAAUUUCCGAGUCCUUACUGGGACAACGUCUCCCACUCUGCAAAGAACCUGAUCGAGGGGAUGCUGCAGACCAACGUGGACGCCCGGCACACGGCUCAGAGCGUCCUUUCACACCCAUGGGUCACGGAGGACGCAGUCACAGAAAACAACAUGAAGAUGGAGGUGACGGGGAAACUGAAGACUCACUUUAACAGCGCACCAAAGCACAGCUGUGCCCCGGCUGGAGUGUCUGUCAUCAUGAACACCGCUCUAGAUAAGGAGACUCUUCAGGUCAGCGCCCGCGGUUCCGAAGCUCCAAGUUCUCCUGAAGGAAAUCCGCUUGAUGCUCCUGUGUUGGUUCCGCCGGUGUUGUGCGCUGAAGUUUUAAAAUCUCCAACCGAGACGGCUUCUCCUGACGACCCCACCUCCUUCACCUGCAACCCUCCCCCUGACAUCCAUCCCAAUCAGCCUAUCCCGUUUCCCGUUUCGUCUCUGCCUGAAGAGGAGUGGCACUCGUCUGUCCCAGCAGCUUCUGCUUCACCUUCAGAGGCCACGCCCUCCUCUCCAGUUAAGCCUCUUUGUGUCACAUCCCCUUCCCCCGUCUCACCCCUCCAACCGGCACUUUUCUUCCCACUCUCAUCCCCCACCACUGAGGAGCCCCCCUCCAUCCACCCGGCUCUAUUCCCCUCUCCUCCUUCAACUCCACCCGCUGACCCUCCCUCCCCUGAUCCCCUGCUGGACGACAAAUAUCUGGAAAGACUCUGACGAUUUAUCCAGAAGUCCCCGUCAGACUGGAAAACUACCACCGAGGGUAAACUGAGCCAGUGUGUCCACAGAGAAGAGGGGGCUGCUUUUAUUUAUUCCGAGUGAACAAAGGACGACAAAUGAGCUUUUUCUGAGUGAUUUGUCUUUUGAAGUGAUAAGUUAAAGUUACACUGAUGUGCUU